AAAGGCAAAGUUCGUUUUUCUUUGCAGUUUUUUUUUUCGCUGCGUUCGAUAAUCGGAAGGAAAUCGGUGCUGUGUUCGUUCUAUUUUGCUAGUUUUGAAGCCAAAUUUGUCUAAAAGGGAAAAGGGAAGAAUAUAGCAAGUGAAAAAUUAUAAUUAUGCAGUGAGAAAAGAAAGAAGCAAACAUAAAAAGGUUCGGCUUGAGUGACUCGGUUGACGACCUUGAAUCUAACCUCCAAAAUCCACGACGUAGCUCCAGUUCGAUUGUCCGGUGUGUUUGUGAUCGUCUAUUGUUUAGCGCGUUCAUCUUCAACAUGUCCACCUCAGCGAUAUUCAUUGCUUCCCGGGAGCCCGGUUCUCCGCGUACGGACGCCACACUUUCGGCGUGUAGUUCCAUAGAGAGUCUCGUCACCGUGGACGAGUUGGAACCUGGGCCGGUUCGCGAAUUACCCCGGCAAAGUGCUGAUGUGUCCGUCGCGAGUGUUGGAGGUGACUCAGUGAACGACGUUGCCGUUAACCAGCAAGUGAUGCGUUUACAAAAGUGCUCGGCUGCUGGUCUGUCGCCGGUGUCGGAGAUAGCGUUCAACCUGAAGGAUACCUCACUGGAUACGCCCAAGACUGGGCGUGCGGUAGUUGGUGGUGGCCGCGAACGGUCCCUGGGGAAAGCGAUUUCGUCCGACUUCAAAAGCAUGCUUGAAGCCGGUGAAAGCAACGGUCAACCGGGACAGGAGCGACUACCGAGCGGUCAUCAGGCCAGCGGUGGCGACAACGAUGAAGGAGACGACAACCAAGACAACGACGACUACGACGAUCCAGACAAAAGGUAUGUCCCUUCUUCACCCGAUAGAGCGGUGACGACCACAAGCCCCGGCCAACUGAAGUGA